ACAUAUAUUGGCUCAACAAACCGUAUAAUUAUGAAGCGCGUCACUGUUCUUGCCUUUGCGGCUCUUCUCUUGGAUACGGCAUCGACCGGAGGCUUCAGUGGUUACGGGGGCGGUUUCGGGGGUGGACAUGGUGGUGCUGUGAUUUCGCAUGCGAAAGUGGCGAAGGUAUCGUACGUGAAGACCCCCAUCGUCUCUACACACUACGUGAAGAAGCCCGUCAUUUCCUAUGUCUCGAAACCCGUUAAGUCGAUCUCGUACGUAUCAAAGCCCGUAGUUUCGGUCUCUAGCGUUCCUGUCAUCUCGCACGGAUACGGUGGAGGCUUCGGAGGUGGCUUUGGAGGGGGAUAUGGAGGGGGACACGGGUGGUGGUAGAUAAAAUUAAAUUACGAAGAAGUGAAAAGACAUAAUUUCGGUACGAUUCAAAUCAAUACUAUGUACAAUUGUAUACAAAUAUACCUAUAAUAAACUGCUGCUGUUAUGUUACUGAAUUA